AUGGUCCGUGAAAGGAGAGGAGGACGCAAUAGCAACGGGGAAGGCGCCCGCUCCACGCCGUACGAAGGAGCGCGUCAUCGCCGUCAUGGCGAAGAGUCUAGGGGGUCCCGGGGCAAGCGAGGGGGCGGUCGAGGAGGGGGUCGUCGACGAAGUGACAAGCCCAAGUCCAAGACCGUGACGGAGCUGGACGCGGAGAUGGACAGGUACUGGGGCAAGUCGGAGGAGCACGCGAGCAAGAAACUCGAUAGUGACAUGGACGAGUAUUGGAAGACGAAGGGGGAGAGCGUGAAGGAGAAGGAGAAGGAGGAGGAGAAGGAAGAAGGAGGGGACAAGGAGGAUAGAAAAGAGGAGGAGGUGGGUGUUGCUGCUGCUGCUGCUGGUGGAGAGAAGGGGGACGUGACGAUGCAGAAGGUUGAUGGUGCUGCUGCACCUGUUGCGGAGGUUUCUACCGAGGAGACAUAG